CUAGAAAAAGAGAGAUGAUCAUUCAAGUAAAAGACGGCGUUAAGGAUACUACACACACACAAAAGAAAAGGUUGUGGAAAUAUCCCGCCAAACAGAAGAACAUUUUCGCUCCGCUUUUUCCUUCAUUCUCCAGUAAAUAAUGUCGAAGAAAAGAGGGUUAUCGUUGGAAGAGAAGCGUGAGAAGAUGUUAGAAAUCUUUUAUGAUUCCCAGGACUUCUAUCUUCUUAAAGAACUUGAGAAAUUGGGUCCUAAGAAGGGAGUUAUCAGCCAAUCUGUUAAAGAUGUUAUACAAAGUUUAGUUGAUGAUGACCUUGCGUUGAAGGAUAAAAUUGGAAGUUCUAUUUACUUUUGGAGUCUUCCAAGCUGUGCUGGAAAUCAGCUGAGGAAUGUGUCCAACAAAUUAGGAUCUGAUCUAAAAAGCAGCAAAAAACGGCUAGCAGAACUUAUUGUACAGAGAGAUAAUUUAAAGAAGGGAAGAGAAGAUUCCGAUGAACGAGAGGAGGCCUUGGCUGAGCUGAAAACCGUCGAGACCAAGUAUAACGAGCUGAAGAGUGAGAUGGGGCAAUUUGCAGACAAUGAUCCGGCGACUCUUGAAGCAAUGAAAAAUGCAAUUGAGGUCUCCCAUGCAGCAGCAAACAGAUGGACAGAUAACAUCUUCACAAUUCGUCAGUGGUGUUCCAAAAAAUUUCCUCAGGCCAAAGAGCAGCUCGAACACCUUUAUACAGAGAUUGGUAUAACAGAGGAUUUCGAUUAUUUGGAGCUUGUCAACCCGGUUAUUGCUCAGAUCUAGAAUGUGAUAUCAUAGGUAAUUUAGUAUGGUUAGAAGAAAAUAUAGAUUAUAUGUGAUUAUAUAAUGUUUCACUGUACUAAAUAGGUUAGAGCUUGACUGCUGGAAUCCAUCUCAAUGCAUAUCCAGAAUGUUUAAUCCUUUUGAACCUGAAAUUUCCUUUCCCUGGUAUCUGUAAUUGAACAUGAUUGAAACCUCACCACGUUUGUGUUUUUGUGGUACUCAAAUUGCAACUUUGCUUUAGAAAUGUUGUUCUCUGAAGUCACGAAUGAAAUUGUUGGUUUCAUGAAAUAGUUUCACCCAAUACAGUUAAAAUCAA